AGGGGUGGCAGGAGCCUCUUUGAAAGUCCUCAAAGGCCUCUUUAUAUGUCCCUGUGACCCUCCCUUCCCUCAGGGAGCUAGCAGGGAGUGGGCUCCGGUCGCCUUUUCUCCGCCUCCUCCACUCUGUCUUUUGAAUUUUGGACAAAGUUCAGGCCAAGUUUGUUCCUGCUGCUCAGUUUCAUUUCCCAAACUGCCUGCUGGGGUCCAGACCGAAAAGGGGGUGUUCCAGGCCUGGAGGGUCUGUCCAAGCCCCUCUGCUUCCAGCCCUGUGAGCUGCCGCCUUUGAGGCUGAGCUAGGGAUUCCCUGGGUGCCUGGGGUAGGGGUGACAUAGGGGAAAAUGUAACUCUCAACCUGCCAGAUGUCAGAUAGGCUGCUCAGUUUGUAUCUCCCAAGGUUGAAGAAUGAAUUCUAAGGAACUAGGGAGGUUAAGAGUAGGAAAGAUUUGAGAGAUAGCUCCUGAGAGACAAGAGGUGACCCCAAAGUGGGUUGCCACUGAGACCGCCUCUCCAACAAAGUUUUAUAAAGAAAAUCACCAGGUGGGCACAAAAUCACGAUGCAAGUACAAGGUGGGUCAAACUAUGAUCAGCCAAUAAGGUUACAAGUAUAGCCACUUAGCUAAUACUUAUCCAUAAGAGAGGCAGGUCACAUAGCAAGGGUAUGUGGAAAGAACAAAGGCAUUUUUCGGAAGGGGUGGGUCCGGAUGCUUUGGUCACCCACCUGGGUGACUGAUGCCUAUCUGGACUUUACUGGACCAGGUGGUACCAGUUAUAGUAUAAUUCCAAGUUACUGCUUAUCCCUUAGGGGAGGCGUGUAGGCCUGGACAAUGCAUCUUUAUCUUGAGGCCUGGUCUUCUUCAGAGGUGCCUCCACCCACAAUGCUGAUGUCUUUAUUUUUUCUGACUUCGUUGACAGCCCUGUCUUUCUGCGACUGUGUAUUAACUUCCAUCUAACUUAGCUGCCCAUAGUAGGGGGACAACUUAGGUCUUUUCCCACCACUUACACACCUAUUCUCCCAUAUUCAUUCAUUAGGCAUACACGUCCCAGGUCCUUUUACUUGCUGGGGCUGGAGCCCAAGGCUUGUGAAAGAACCCCAACCUGCCCUGGGGGUGCUAUGUGUUGGGAUGUCCAGAGCUGGGCCAAUAGAUCCAACUUCCCUGACCUUGCCCAGGGCCCUUGGUCCCUCUAGGCUUCAGUUUGGGUCUCUGGGGCUGAGGAAGGGUGGGCCAGGGUGCAGCCCCAGGAAAGUUCCUGGAGAGGUUUGCAACCUGAGAGGAGCUCACUCUCCUGGAAGGCUGCCGCUGUUCUCAACUUUCCUGGAGGGCAGCCUCUCCACUUCUCUCCUCUUCCCGCCCCCUCCUCUCCAGGUGAGCAUUCCUGGCGGCUCUCCUGGUUGAUCUUCUGUUUGCCAGCUACACAGAGUACUCAGAGAGCAGUGGGGGCAGGAGGAUUUGAGUUCAAAGCGGCUCUGAGACCAGAGUGGAAUAACGAGAGUUAGACCCAGUCCCCUGGCCCAUGUUCCUGCUCCAGAAGUCAGGGGAGCUCCCCAGACCUGGAGCAGGUGUGGCCACCAGCGAUCUGUCAUUUCCAAGCAUGGAUGAGAAAGGUGCUUGGGGCUUAGGACCAGUGGAGGCUGGGAAAGUGGCAUGGAACCAUUUCUUGUUCCAGGGCCUGCUGAGCCUGGGAACCAGGCAGGGCCUGGGCUCUUUUUGUGGUGCCCAGGAAGAAGACCUUGGAGGGAAUGGCUAGCAGCUGGAGUUGGCAUUGUGGCACCUGCAAUGGGAAGUGGGGGAGACUGAGGCAUGGGGGAUAUGAAAGUGGGGCUUUGGAGGACAGGGAAUUCCUCUUGUGAUUCUGAGCUGGGAAGGGUAAAAUGUAGGGGUGGCAGGAAUGCCUGGACCCCCAGGGCAGAGUAGACAGGAAAAAAGGGAGGACGGGCUCUGCAACCUAAAAUGAGAGGGGGUGCCCAAGCAGGGCUGCCAGACUGCCUACUUCCUACUGGACUCCUUUCAGUGAAUUCUUCCUAGGCCCAGCCCCCAGUUACCUGGUUAAGGGCCUCCCACAGGAGGGAGGCUGCUCCACACUCCUCGGCUGUGGGAGUGUGGGGGGAAUUCCUCUGCUCACCUCUCAGUCUCCCCGCCCCCCCCCCGCCCCCCGCGGGCUUAGAGAGGUCCUGCUCCUGAGGGAGAGGACUGAGGGCUGGGGAAGGCAGGUGCUGUGAUCCGUGGUCCCUGGACAGCUGCAAUUUAUUUUAAACAAGGAGUAGCGUGGACUUGAGGGCGGGUUGUGGGUGAGGCUGUCUGACAAAGUCUCUGUUUGCCCAGGGAGGACCUGGUUCCCUGGGAUAUUCAGUGCAGCCGCAAAACGCGAAAAGGUGGUCGGGCAGUGGACAGCUGGAUUGAUUUCAGAGAGCACCGGCAACAUGCUUUGUAACGCGCAGGACUGCAUGAGACUCCUUGCUCCUUGAAAAGAUAAAGGAAGUGGAAACACCUCUUAUUGACCCCACUGGCAAGAUGUGUCCCCACCGAGGCACUGCGUGAUAACAGGUGUUUAGCGUGGACUGAAACGCUGGACCUGCACCAGAGGACCGGCAGAAAUGGGUGUCUGGCUGACUCCUAGGCCUUUGGCCGCAGCAAGAAGAAGCAGCAUCUGGAGCAGGGCUGGGACAAGGCCGUCGUGGAGUGCGUGCCCCUGACCGGCCUCCAGAGCCUGACCGCCUGGCCCACCAUGGUCCAGAGGCUGUGGGGGAGCCGCCUGCUGCGGCAUCGCAAGGCCCAGCUCCUACUGGUCAACCUGCUUACCUUUGGCCUGGAGGUGUGCCUGGCUGCAGGCAUCACCUACGUGCCACCCCUGCUGCUGGAAGUGGGGGUGGAGGAGAGGUUCAUGACCAUGGUGCUAGGCAUCGGGCCAGUGCUGGGCCUGGUCUCUGUCCCGCUCCUGGGCUCAGCCAGUGACCAGUGGCGUGGACGCUAUGGCCGCCGGAGGCCCUUCAUCUGGGCUCUGUCCCUGGGUGUUCUGCUCAGCCUCUUCCUCAUCCCGAGGGCGGGCUGGCUGGCGGGGCUGCUGUGCCCGGAUGCCAGGCCCCUGGAGCUGGCCCUGCUCAUCCUAGGCGUGGGGCUGCUGGACUUCUGCGGCCAGGUGUGCUUCACGCCACUAGAGGCCUUGCUGUCCGACCUCUUCCGGGACCCAGACCACUGCCGCCAGGCCUUCUCUGUCUACGCCUUCAUGAUCAGCCUUGGGGGCUGCCUGGGCUACCUCCUGCCCGCCAUUGACUGGGACGCCAGCGCCCUGGCCCCCUACCUGGGCACCCAGGAAGAGUGCCUCUUUGGCCUGCUCACACUAAUCUUCCUCACCUGCGUGGCAGCCACGCUGUUUGUGGUUGAGGAGGCAGUGCUGGGCCCAUCUGAGGUAGUGGAAGGCCUGUCAGUAUCCUCUGUGUCCACAUACUGCUGCCCGUGCCGGACCCGCUUGGCUUUCCAGAGCCUGGACGCCCUGUUUCCUCGGCUGCACCAGCUCUGCUGCCACAUGCCCCGGACCCUGCGCCGGCUCUUUGUGGCUGAGCUGUGUAGCUGGAUGGCGCUCAUGACCUUCACACUGUUUUACACGGACUUCGUGGGCGAGGGACUGUACCAAGGUGUGCCCAGAGCUGAGCCCGGCACCGAGGCCCGGAGACACUAUGAUGAAGGUGUGCGCAUGGGCAGCCUGGGGCUUUUCCUGCAGUGCGCCAUCUCCCUGCUGUUCUCCCUUGUCAUGGACCGGCUGGUACAGCGGUUUGGCACCAGAGCUGUCUACCUGGCCAGCGUGGUAGCUUUCCCUGUGGCCGCCGGUGCCACGUGCCUGUCCCACAGUGUGGCCGUGGUGACGGCCUCAGCUGCCCUCACUGGCUUCACCUUCUCAGCCCUGCAGAUCCUGCCCUACACGCUGGCCUCCCUCUACCACCGAGAGAAGCAGGUGUUCCUGCCCAAAUACCGAGGGGACCCUGGAGGCGGUGGCAGUGAGGACAGCCUUGCAACCAGCUUUCUGCCAUCCGGAGCACCCUUCCCCAAUGGACAUGCGGGUACCGGCAGCAGCCUGCUCCCAGCUCCAGCCGCGCUGUGCGGGGCCUCAGCCUGUGACGUCUCUGUGCGAGUAGUGGUGGGUGAGCCAAGCGAGGCCAGGGUCGUCCCAGGGCGGGGCAUCUGCCUGGACCUCGCCAUCCUGGACAGCGCCUUCCUGCUGUCCCAGGUGGCCCCGUCGCUGUUUAUGGGCUCCAUCGUCCAGCUUAGCCAGUCUGUCACUGCCUAUAUGGUGUCAGCUGCAGGCUUGGGUCUAGUGGCCAUUUACUUUGCUACCCAGGUAGUAUUUGACAAGAGCGACUUGGCCAAAUAUUCUGUGUAGAGGGUUCCGAAUACUGAGGGAGGCCCUGCCUCAGCGGGUCCCAGCUCUCCAGUGGGGGGCUCCAGAGCCUCCCUGCUGCCAAAGUGGUUUGGCUCUCUGCUGCCACCCCGUGGCUGUGUGGUGCAUAGCCUCGGAUGGGGCCUGAGGCUUCCCUAGCGUCUUCCCAGUCUCUAGGGCUGGCUGGCGGCUUCCCAGCUGGUUUUCAGUUGCCUCUGGCGGGGAGCCAAAGGCAAGAUAGCUGAUUAGCUCCGUGCACUGGAACGCAGGACUCUGUAGGGGGUCCCCCAGGCUCAGCACCUAGUUGAGGUACACUCAGAGAAGAUAACAGAAUAUACUCAGCCACCUGGCGUCCCACCUCCAAGCCCUGGGAUCUUGCAGCCCCCAGCGUGUUGCCAAGUGUUGCUCUUGCGUGGGAGUUUCUGGUGGAAACGCUCCUCUCCAGCAUUAGAAAGAGGAAGCUGUUUGUAGGAAGAGUCCCAAGGGACGGGGCGACACCGUGUGGCCCGCAGCGCUGCCUCCCUGCGGAUUCCCCUGCCUCCGCCUGUUGUUAGGACACAGCUGGGGGCCCUGGGUUGCCAUCAUGGGGACACCCAGGACUUUUAAGUAUUUAACUUAUUUAUUGAACAAAGCAGAAGGGAAGGAAAGCUGUUCCUCGCUCUUCUGUGUUGGUGUCCAGGAGUUGGGUAGAACGAGAGCCUCAGUAACUGCGUCUCCCCACAUACUGAUCAUUCCCUGGGGUGAUGGGUCUGGCCCCCAAAAAUGCCUAAACUAGGACCUUGGAAGCUCUACUCACCUGAGUUGAUACCCAGAUGUCCUUACCCAGAGCUGGGAGGUUAUAGGAAAGUGGCGGGGACCCUGGAUGUCCCUAAUCUCUUGUUUCUCACCCCAGCCUGACUCCCCCGGGUCCCCUCUGUUCCCCAGAGGGCUGGGCUGAUGACGACACUGCCCUCCCCCCCUCCCCAGCUCUCCCCACUGGCUCCACAACCUGUUUGGGGCCAUUGCGGGACCAGAAGCACAAGUGUGGUUCCUCGAGCCUUUGACCAGCUCAGCCCCCAGGGUGCAUCUGUGCUCGGGAAUCUCACAGCAACUCAGGAGCACCCCUGCCUGAGCCCAGGAGCUCCUACCGCUCUCGCUCGGGGAUUAAGUGCCGUUUGCAAUAAUGUUAUGUCUUAUUUAUUUAGCGGAGUAAAUAUUUUAUACUGUAUAUGAGUAAUCAGAGUAUAAUGUUUAUGGUGAUGAGAUUAAAGGUUUCUUAUAUGUUUAA